UACCUGAACUCGAAUUCCCAUUCAUUGAAUGUUAUGGGUGUAAACGUGAGUUCAAAUAUGAAUGGGACGGUUUAGUCGGAAUUUGUCCAGCAUGCACUGAUGAAGGAAUUGAAUAUAAAGUAUACGGUACACAAAUACAAGUCCGCAGAUAUCGUAUGAAAAAAGGAUUGUCUCAUACGUGCCCUCGUUGUGAACUUUUUGUUUUUGACACUACUAACGCCUCCGAUCCUUGCAUACACUGCUUAUAUACAUUUUUAAAAACUGAUUGGGCAAGAUGGACUAGUGGUUAUCCAAAGAUUGAUGAAUGGAUUCGCAACCGACAAAUACGAUCUUCGAGCAUUAUAAGCGGAAAUUCAUUUGAAUUUAUUCAGUUUUCAAAAUUUAAAGAUGUAAGAUCUGUUGCUGAAGGUGGUUUUUCUUCGGUGAGCAAGGCUAUUUGGAUGGGCGGUGGGUAUAAGGAAUGGAAUUUCGAAAACGGUUCAUGGAAUGUUGGAGGUGAGAAAGCUGUGGCAUUAAAAAAAAUUUUUACACAAAAUGCAGAAAUUGUGCUUAAAGAACUUUAUGCACAUUUCAUUCUAUCUAGUGAAUUUGUUUGUCAACUUUAUGGAAUUUCAUUAAUAACAUCAACAAGAGAAUUGAGAGAAAUUAAACAUACUCCAUUACGCAGCUAA